GUAAAAUAUAAAAAGUAUAGAUACUAAACCGUAAUUUGUCAUUUGGAUCAAUGAAUCAAUCCAUGAAUCCACCAAUCCAAUUGGAUUUGGAUCAAAUGGAUUGAUAUAAAUGGAGACCCGAUUCCAUCUUCGCCCACUUCCUCUCGCUCUCCAGGUCGUCGCCAAACUCAUUGCAGCAUUACCUGUCGAUCGUUGUCGUACCUGCACUACCAGAUCGACACCACCAUGCGACAUACCUCAUCAUCAUCAUCGUCGUCGUAGUCAUCAGUUAGCCGCCACGGUCGUCUCCACCUCCAGCGUCAUGAGUCAUCGUCGUCGUGGCCACAAGCAUCAGAGGCACCUUCUGCAGUCUAGAGAAGAGGAAGAGGAAAAAGAAAGACGGAGUAAGUAGAAGUGCUCUCUCUCUCCCUCUCUCCGGCCUCCGCCGCCCACAACCGCAAAUCGUCUGGGAUCAAAUGUAAUAGAAGAAAAGGAAGAAUUCAUCACCGGUGGUUUGGAAGAUUCCACAAGAUCGAGAAACCUAAUAUCCGGUAAUACUGACCCGGAUGGUCUAUUGACCACCUCUACUUCACAUCUCUUCUGGGCUCCGGCUUCAACUGAUGCCUUCCUUUCAACCCUCGGUCCAUCUCUGCUGCUUCACAGCUGCUCGCCGCAGAGCGAUUCUCUCUAACUCUUUCUUUUUUGCACAAUUUUGGUUGCUAGUUUUUCUUUGUUCGGUUCCUUAUUGUUUCCGUUUUCAGUUCUCUGUAUUAGUGAUUGCAUGCUUAGCUCUAAACUAUUGUUCUGCAUGUUCUUUGGCUGGUGAUUCCCCUCUUCUCUCCUCUAAUUUUCUUAAUUAAUUGUUUAUCGUAUC